UGCACGCUAUAGGGCUAGGAUGGUAAAAAUGAGCCAGAACAGCAAGGCGUGGCCUUCAGCGCGAGGAAUUGUUACAUCUGUUGAUUUCCCGACCCGGGCGAGGGGCAGAACCGGGAGUGGAACAUGGCGAGAGUCGAAGACGAGAACAGGGUUGAAGAAAAGUUACGAACCCCCGAGGACAGAGAACCGGGUCGGAGCGUGCCGAGAUGGGGCCCACAGCACGCAGGUGCACGGGAACUUGCGAAUUUGUACUCGCCAGGUAAGCGGUGUCAGGAGUGGAUCAGCGUGCUCCUCUGUUUCUCCCUCAUGGCCUUCAACCUCGUCCACCUCCUCUCCAACUUCCACCUCAGCCACCUCUGGUCCAUCCUGCUGGCCUGUGUGGCAGGCGUCCUCACUGCAGACUUUGCCUCUGGACUUGUACACUGGGGAGCAGAUACCUGGGGUUCAGUAGAUCUGCCUAUUUUUGGAAAGGCCUUCAUCCGUCCGUUCAGGGAGCACCACAUCGACCCGACGGCCAUCACUCGCCACGACUUCAUCGAGACCAACGGGGACAACUGCAUGCUCACCAUCAUCCCCCUGGCCAACAUGGCCAUCAGCUUCCUCACUCUCUCUCCUGAGCAGUACCAUAACUACCCCUGGCACUGCUACUUGUUUGCGCUGGCCAUCUUCGUGACGUUGACCAAUCAGAUCCAUAAGUGGUCGCACACGUACUUCGGUCUGCCACGGUGGGUACAGAAGCUGCAAGACUGGCACGUCCUCCUGCCCAGGAAACACCACCGCGUGCACCACGUCUCACCCCACGAGACCUACUUCUGCAUCACCACAGGCGUGAAAGUUCCUCGUAACUUCCGGCUUCUUGAGGAGCUGGAGGAGGGGCAGAAGGGAGUCGGAGAUGGGACAGUGAGCUGGGGUCUGGAGGACGACGAGGACAUGACCCUCACCAGGUGGAGAGGGAUGAUUAUUGGCCCCCCACGGACCAUCUAUGAGAACCGCAUGUACAGUCUGAGAGUGGAGUGUGGUCCCCGCUACCCCGAGACUGCGCCCUUCGUCCGCUUUGUCACCAAGAUCAACUUGAACGGCGUGCACAACUCAAACGGUGUGGUGGACACGCGUGCGGUGUCGGCCCUGGCGAAGUGGCAGAACUCGUACAGUAUCCGUGUGGUCCUGCAGGAGCUGAGGAGACUCAUGAUGUGCAAAGAGAACAUGAAGCUACCGCAGCCACCCGAGGGACAGAUCUACACCAACUAAUCACACACACACACACACACACACAUGCACUCACACUCACAUGUACACACACACACACACACACACAUGCACUCA